AUGAACGUCCUCAAGCUACAGAGGAAGUUUCCUCAGUUUCCGCAGAACGAGAUCUUCCAGCUCUCCGAUGCCUUCCAGAGGCUGGACGUCGAGGACCGAGGCUACCUCGACGAAGCAACUGCCAUCAAAGCAACCCAGCAGAGCGAAAACCAGCCAUACGAUGUUGUCCGACAAGCCCUGAAAGAAGUAGAUCUGGACUCCUCGCGACGAGUGGAGCUGGAGGACUAUGUCGGCCUUAUUGCGAAGCUGCGCGCUGGGUCGGUCGCCCAGAAACGCAUGUCUACCGGCCCUGCCCCGGCUCAGCCUGGAUCUGGACCUGCCCACGGCCAUGCGUCCAAGGGCAGCGUGAGUGGUAAGAUCCAAGUGCAGGGAUCAAACGCAAACACCACACACACAAUCAACGAAGAUGAACGGACCGAGUUUACACGCCAUAUCAAUGCGGUGUUGGCCGGUGAUCCGGACAUUGGGAGCCGACUUCCGUUCCCUACCGACACAUUCGAAAUGUUUGAUGAAUGUAAAGACGGAUUGGUGCUUGCGAAGCUCAUCAACGAUAGCGUUCCUGAUACUAUCGAUGAACGAGUCAUGAACAUUCCUGGACGAAAGACCAAAACUCUCAAUGCCUUCCAGAUGAGCGAGAACAACAACAUCGUCAUUGAGUCUUGCAAGGGUAUCGGCUGCUCCGUUGUCAACAUUGGAGCGGGUGACAUCAUCGAAGUUCGCGAGCAUCUUAUCCUGGGCCUCAUUUGGCAAAUCAUCCGACGAGGUCUCUUGGGUAAGAUUGACAUUAAGCUGCACCCUGAGCUCUACCGGCUACUGGAGGAGGAUGAAACUCUAGAACAGUUCCUGAGACUGCCCCCGGAGCAGAUCCUGCUUCGCUGGUUCAACUACCACUUGAAGGCCGCAAACUGGCCCCGAAGCGAUGUCAAGGACAGUGAAAAUUAUACCGUUCUUCUCGCGCAGAUUGGAUCCGAGUACGGCUGCACUCGAGCCGCUUUGCAAACCAGAGAUCUCGCGCAGAGAGCCGAGGAAACUUUGCAAGAAGCUGAUAAGCUUGGAUGCCGCAAGUUCCUGACUCCGUCAUCCUUGGUUGCGGGUAACCCGAAGCUUAACUUGGCGUUCGUGGCCAAUCUCUUCAACACUCAUCCCGCGCUCGACCCCAUCACGGAAGAGGAGAAGCUGGAAGUUGAAGACUUUGACGCAGAGGGAGAGCGCGAGGCAAGAGUCUUUACCCUAUGGCUCAACAGUUUGGACGUGCAGCCUGCUGUAGUCUCCUUCUUUGAUGACUUGAGAGACGGAUCGGUGCUUUUGCAGGCAUACGACAAAGUCAUCAAGGGCUCUGUGAACUGGCGCCACGUUAACAAGGCUCCCGCCCACGGAGGCGAAAUGCUUAGAUUCAAGGCCGUCGAGAACACCAAUUACGCCAUUGAGCUUGGCAAACAGAAUGGAUUCUCUCUUGUGGGCAUCCAAGGAGCAGACAUCACUGACGGUCAAAGAACAUUGACGCUGGGACUCGUCUGGCAACUCAUGCGAAAGAACAUUACGGUGACUUUGUCCUCGUUGGCACAGAAGCUCGGCAAGAGAGAGAUUACCGACGCUGAAAUGGUUAGAUGGGCCAACGACAUGUCCAAGAAGGGCGGUCGCAACUCAUCUAUCCGGUCUUUCAAGGAUCCGGCCAUUGGCUCUGGCAUCUUCCUUUUGGACGUAUUGAACGGCAUGAAGAGCAGCUACGUCGACUAUGACCUCGUGACUCCCGGCCAGACAGAAGAAGACGCAUACAUGAACGCCAAGUUGAGUAUCAGCAUCGCUCGUAAGCUUGGUGCCACCAUAUGGCUUGUCCCGGAGGAUAUCUGCCAAGUUCGCAGUCGCCUGGUAACUACGUUUAUUGGAUCUCUCAUGGCGGCUCAUGAUAAAAUGUAA